ACAAUAUGGUGAUUUGGUUUCUGGGUUUGCGAAAUUAGUAUAAGUUGCAGUAGUAGGCGAGGAACAAAAAAAUAAAAAGGUUAUAUUUGGCGGACUGGGUUGGCCAUGGGGGAAGUUGUAAGCGAAAGGCAGAAGGAAGAACGAGAUGCGAUAUGACUGAGCUAGCGCAGAGCCGAGCAAUCCAACUUUAGCGAGCCAGCACCGCCUUCUGGCUGGAAAUCUGUCGCAUAAGUUUUGGACGCGACGGUAUUUGGCGCUGUAUCCGACACAUCCUUGGUGACAAGUCUCUCAAGGCGGUCCGAGUUCCUCUUCCAAGUCCAUUUUUGAAAUCGAUCUCCAGAAGACUCUAACACCUUCAUCUUCAUGGCUCGGCCACCUACUAGAUCUCGGUCAAUAAGGCUGAUGAGCGAUGGCCUCGAACAGAGACUGGACGGGAAUAUGAGUUUCCAGAUGGACUCAGAUACGGCAAGUGAGUAAACCAGGUGGCCGCAGCCACAGAUCAGACCCGUGAACCUAGCCAAUGUCAAUCUAGACCGGCACAUGAUGGCCAUGGUAGUUGCUGCACACGCUGUCUUGCACGUGUGGAUUUGUCCUGGCCAUGUUCCUGGGUCACGGUGGCUGCUGUUUCCGUGCUUGGAGAGCAGACACUUUUGCUUUCCUUGUCUGCUGGUGCUUGAGCUGAUGUGCUGACGAUCUCGGUGAUAACGACCUUCCUCUAUGAGCCACCAUCUCCGUGGUUCGCAUAGUCGUCUGAUCACUCAGCAUCAUGCAAAGUAAAUCCAAGGGUAAACCUCAAACUAUAGCUUGCUUUCUAUGCAUUUUUGUAAACCAGAUCAUUUCCCCAUGCUGCAAGCUGCCUAGUACAACUUACGCUUACAUGUACGGUACCCUGCUCCGUUCGUUAGCGUGCCUCACUGACCCUGGCCAACGUUGCCUUUUUAGCGAGCGAUGCGGGGGAGAAACCUCCUUGUAAAUACCCUAAUAGCGUGCAUUGCAAGGGUGGCCGUCGCAAUGAGGAGAGCGUCGGAUAUGAGCAGCAGCAUCAAGGGGAAAUGCAGCAAAAAGCUAGUGAUCGGCCCAAUAGGAACAGGCAUCUCUGUAGCCGGUAAAAAGAAAGUAUGCGACAUCUCCUGACAGAAGACCAACCCGUUUUCUUUUUAGCCCACCAGCGCCGCUAAUCCAAUCGUUUCGACAGCGCCACAUCACCACUUACACACGCGCCCGGCGCCGGCAUCUUGAAUCCGAUGGAGGCAAAAUAGCCAGAAUGGAAUCAAAAAAUUCUCGCUCUUGUUUGCGCUGUCGAGGCUCACCAUAUCAUUUAUGCGACUGCCGACUUUCCCAUAAAACGCUCUCGUCCUGCGCCCCCAACCGCUGAAACAGCCCUGCCCGUGGCCCAUGUUUCAUGUUUAACCCACGGAUCAGCGCACCCACGAGAAGCCCAAACACACUGCCGCUUGACGCCAAUUAAAAAAAAAGGGACAAGGCAUCGUCAGGCCCGUUACGCUUAGGGCCCACACUUGAUACGCCGGCUGUCAGGGCCUCUGCGCCGCUCAAACUCGACGCGAAACAUCUUCUCGUUAUGCGCCGUCUGCCCACCGCUGGCUGCCCCCGGCGUUUAUUCCUCCUUUUGCUCUGCGUAGCUUUGCUUUGGGCGGCCCGUCUGGUUCAAAACGUGGGAUCUGCGAAUGACGGCAAUGUCGGCCUCUCAUCGUUUCAGAGGCCCCAUCUGCCGUAGUCUUGUCCAUGCGCAUGAGUUCCUUUUGUAUAUAGUAUCCUGCGUGCCGCUACAGCCAUAAACAAAAUGCUAUAUAUCGCUUGCUGCUAGUCUUGGCGUGAUCGACUUCCCGGUUUUUGUUUCUGCGAUUCUUACUUUCUUCGUCCAUCCUUUCUUUCUGACCUGUAUUAUCGCCCGGCGCGAGAUCUUUUAUUUGGACUUCUUUUUUUUUUCGAUUCGAUUACAUUCGUUUUUCUCUCUCUUUUCGUUAUACAUAUAUCCAUUUCUCUCAGUAUACCAUAUACUUACAACAUGUUGGCAAACACGCUCACCUCCGUCCUGCUGCUGGCAUCGCUGGCCUCGGCGUCACCAGCGGCUAUUGAGAAGCGCUCGUUCAAAGUAGAGCGAUUCGCCAAUGAAAAGUUCACCGGCAACAAUGGCCCACAGGCACUGGCCAAGGCUUUCCGCAAAUUCGGUAUGCAGAUGCCUGAAGGGCUCGAGGCUGCCGUCACGAACGAGAAGAUUGCCCGCCGCAGAAACAAACCCGACUUUCUCCCUCUGGGUUUGCUUACUGGUCUUGCGGACGGGCUUGGUGGUAAUGCAGGCGGUGCUGAUGCUGGCCAACAGAAUGGCCAAGGACACCGCAAGGCCAAGGGCAAAAACAAUGGCAAGGCAAAGGGCAAGGGCAAGGGCAAGGGCAAGGGAAACAAGAACCAGAAUGGUGGUGCAGGCAACGGCACUGCUAGUGCUACCAACCAGACAGGCAAAGUCGACGCCGUGCCUGAACAAAACGACAAAGAGUUCCUGGCACAAGUCAAGAUUGGCGGUCAACCUGUGACACUGGACUUUGACACAGGCUCCUCGGAUCUCUGGGUCUUCAACACCCAGCUCAACGCUCAAGUCACAAACGGCCACUCUGUCUACGACCCCACCGCUAGCAAGACUUUCCAGGCUCUUAAUGGCGCCAAGUUUUCUAUUUCUUACGGCGAUGGUUCCGGUGCUGCUGGAAACGUCGGCCUCGAUGUCGUCGAUGUCGGUGGCGCUGUUUUUGAUCAGCAGGCGAUCGAGCUUGCCACCGAUGUUUCGCAGACCUUUGUCCGUGACCAGAACAAUGAUGGUUUGAUGGGUCUUGCCUUUUCAUCCAUCAACACUGUCAAGCCCCAGAAGCAAAAGACCUUCUUUGACAAUGUCAUGCCGUCGCUGGCAGAGCCUGUUUUUACUGCUGAUCUUCGCAAGGGCGCUGCAGGAGCCUACGAGUUUGGCAAGAUUGACACCACAAAGUUCCAGGGAGACAUGACUUGGGUGCCCAUUAACAAUAAAAAGGGUUUCUGGCAGUUCAGCAGCGAAAGUUUCGCUGUCGACGGAGGCCAGCAGCAGGCUGGUGCACAGGGUGGCCAGGCCAUCGCCGACACUGGUACCACGCUGCUCCUCGCGGACCCCACCAUUGUUCAGGGUUAUUAUUCCAAGGUACAAGGAGCCCAGAACGACAAGCAAAGCGGUGGCGUCACAGUGCCCUGCGAUGCCCAGCUUCCGGAUCUUGACUUGGACAUUGGCGGCCAGUACAUGGCCCGCAUCAAGGGUUCCGAUCUCAACUUUGCCCCGGUUAGCAAUGGACGUUGCUUCGGUGGUUUGCAAGCCACACAGGCGGGCGGGCUCGGCGUCUACGGCGAUAUUCUUUUCAAGUCCCAGUUUGUGGCCUUUAACGGUGCAAACAACAGUAUUGGACUUGCUCCACACGCCUAAAAGGAAACUCGUCUCGCGGGCGCUUGAAACGCGGAACACUGCCGCUGCUGCCUAGAGGCUGACUGGUGUUCUAAUCGGGCCGUGUCUCUCAGAAAGUGAGGCGGACAUAUGAACAGUGGCGCAUUAAGGGCAAAGAGCUGUCCUUGUUUUUUUCUCCUUUUCUUAUUAUCUGAUUCCAUUUUAGAAGUAUUGCACGCAAGUUAUGAUAGUUUCUUAGUUGUGCAAUAGGUGUAUAAAUAAAAUUUGGCUGGAUGCCAUUUUAGUCAUUAGAUGUCGAGUGUAGAUCCUUUAAGCCUCUGGUUCAGCUAGCGCAUCGCUGUGGCUUCUAGAAAGAGGGUUAUGCGCUUCGGCUUCGCAUGCCUUUCUUAGCCUCAAGACCCUUUGAUCUAGUGACAAGCGCUCGGGCGAGAAAUGAGGUACGCAAUCGUGGUGGUGGUGAGGCGCUGCUGCAUUCAAGAGUGAUGUCACAGCCGUGGCGUUUUUGCGGAGGGGGCACAGCUGACAAUGCUUCUUUGGGAACCAACGCGAGUCGUAGCGUGCCGCCCGUUUUACUUUAAAGAGGCGCUGGGUGGCUG